AUGUCAUUGACCGUCGCCUCCAACUUCGCCCGCCGCGGGCGCGGUUCCAAACCAAUCAACCCGGCCCUGCUCAGCUCCGCUGGGACUGGUGCCAUCCCUCAACAUUCCUGCCAGCAGAUCCGGACUUACAAGUUUGGUCGUCUGUCUUCCUACUUCGAGCCCUACGUCUACGCCCGCCAUCACUCUCGUGGGUACAAGUACUGCGAGAACUUGUACAAGACGUCGUUGGCCGAAGGCGCCAAAAACGUUGUGAAGAAGGUCGCCGGCAAUUACUGGUCUUCUGGCCGCCAACCGAGCCAGGCCGCGGGUCGCUUCAUUAACACCGAUGCCUCCCCGAAAAAGACCCCAGAUAACCCGACUGGUAUUCGCCCCGGCCGGAACAUCGAAGACGUGGAGAGAGCUCCACUUGAACACCUCCUAUUCGGUAACAAGCAAUUCCAGUCGCCUAGGGAAAACGUCAAAUCCACCCAAUCAGCCAGCGAUGUCGACUCGUCCAUCGACCCAAUCACGAACCGCAGGGUGCCCAAAGUCGGCGAGCAGACACAAACCCCAUUCUUCUCCCAUGGCCCGCCAACAGAAGCGGAACUCAAGAAGUACGACUUGGACCAUCUCUGGGCGAGUUCCGAGCAGUCACCGAUUGUCAACCACUACGGCAAGCCGGACUCGAGCUUCCAGGACACCCUUAGCUGGGAGCACAAAGAGGUUCGAUGGCACCGUAGCGACGCCAUCACCUCCGCAUCCGCUACCUCAGCCGCCGGGUAUGCCGCCCUUCGCCUCUCCAAGACAGCGCAGCGUCCAGAGCCUGCGAUUGAAGAAUACACCGACCUUGGCAAGUACGGCGCUUUCCGGGCCCACGAACCGGAUGGCAAGUACAAGGCUCAAGAGGAGACUGUGGCGAACCCUGAGGAACUCAGCAAAUAUGGCGCCGUGCGAGCGCACGAGCCUGAUGGCAAAUACAAAGACUUGCCCGAGCCUCCGGCCAACGCGGAAGAACUCAGCAAGUACGGUGCUGUUCGGGCGCAUGAGCCCGAUGGCAAGUACAAGCUAGCGUCCGACCCUCCCGCUGACCCCGAGGAGCUCAGCAAGUACAAGCCGGUCCGGAGUCACGAGCCCGACGGCAAGUACAAGGAGCAGCCGGAGACCACUGUGGACCCCGAGGAGCUCAAAAAGUACAAGCCGGUCCGCAGCCAUGAGCCUGAUGGCAAGUACAAAGAACAGCCCGAAGAGACGGUCGACCCUGAGGAACUGAAGAAGUAUGGACCCGUCCGCAGCCAUGAACCGGACGGCAAGUACAAGGCAAUGGGCGAGGCCGAAGCUCCUGUCGACCCCAAGGAGUUGAACAAGUACACCGCUUUCCGGAGCCAUGAGCCCGAUGGCAAGUACAAGCGCGAGAUGGAAUCUGCCCCGAAGAAUCAGGAUCUCGGCAAGCACCUCGCGAUGCGCACCCAUGAACCAACCAGCAUGUUUGCGGCAGCCUACACAGACGCCCCAGACGCGGCCGAGAUUGAGUUCUACAGCCAGCCCGCGGAACUGUCCAAAUACGGCGCGUUCCGCAGUCACGAACCUGAUGGCAAGUACGCGGCCGCAUAUGUGCAAGCGAAGCCCGAUCCGAAAGAACUUGCGGGAUACAAAGCGUUCCGCAGCCACGAGCCUGAUGGCAAGUAUGCUGCCGCCUACGUCGAGGAGAAGCCGGAUGCAAAGGAGCUCUCGUCGUACGCUCGCGCGUUUCGUAGCCAUGAACCCGAUGGCAAGUACGCCGCAAGCUAUGUGCAAGAGAAGCCCGACGCGAGCGAGCUCUCCAAGUAUGCUCGGGCGUUCCGCAGCCAUGAGCCCGACGGCAAGUAUGCCGCUGCCUAUGUCCAGCAGAAGCCCGCCUUGAGUGAGCUUGCUACCUACAAAGUGUUCCGCAGCCAUGAGCCGGAUGGAAAGUACGCUCCAACGAACGAACCCCCCGUUAAGCCGGCCGACACUAAGACUUCUCAAGGACCCAUUCGCAGCCCCGAGCCUGAUGGCAAAUACACCGCCGUCACCGACGAGACCCAAGACCUGGCUAACCACGAGGCCUUCACCUACGAGGACGCAGAAACCCGGCCGCUGCCUGACGAGGCACGGUCCAGCAAAACCACUGACCAUGCCCCAGAAAAGAUUGACCCUGUUGAAAAUGUUGAGACUCUUGCCGAGGAAAAGUCGGCGUUCCGCCAGCAGGUGGACGAGUUGAUGGCCCGCGCUGCAGUUGAAUCCGGUGAUGUCUCAGGCGCAAGCUCUGACGACAGCAUCAAGGCCGGCAGCAGCAGUGGCCAACCGCAGGGCGGUCUGACUGGCAACUAUGUACGGGAUUUCCCCGAGGACUUCACCAAAUCGUGGACCGCCGGGACCACCGAUGCCAACUUGGACGCAACUCUCUUGUCUUCGGAACAAAAAGAGACGUCGUCUGGUACCGUACAAUCUGCUCUUGAGCGGGUCACUGAAAUCACGUCACCGACUACCACUCCCCCCUCCUCAUCUGUUUCUUCGCCCCAAGAACCAUCCAUCUACAAAGUUCUCGCCUGGGAUCCUACCAUGCAACGCAUCGAGUCUGCCGAGACCACGUCCGUCGUCGCUGACACCAGCGCACCGCUCUCCCUUGCUGACAUUCUCCUCCGAAUUUCCCACCCAGCCAAGUUCUUUUCACACUUUGCGCCGCUCCAAGCGCAAGGUUUCGAAAUUGUGGCCGGAAGCGGGGAUGUCCUCAUUUUCCGCAAGGUGCGCGAUGCGGUGCCGGGAUCUGAGAACACAUCAGUCGAAGAUUCAGGAGCCGCGGCCGGUGCAGCAGUCAACCCAAUCGACAUGACGGGUGGUAACUACACCGUUGCGGCCAGUCGGUUUGCGAGUCCUACGGGGUUUGUGAACUAUAACCUCCCAGGGACAAGCAACACCGACGACGUGCAGGCUGCACCGGCCAGUCUGCGACAGAAUACUUCGCGGACGGAGAGUGCUUCGGCUGCUAAUGUAAAGAACAAGAAGAGCAAGAUCAGCUUCCCCAAGAAAGUGGCGAUCGGGGCGGCUGGGCUGGCGGGAAGUGCGUACUCGGUUGGAGUGGUCAGUGAGUACUUUCGCAACGGGGGUGCGGACGGGAAAGGGCCAAAGGGUUUCUAA